AUGACUCCAGACAACGCUUUGAACUCCCAAAGGGUGUUCAAAAAGUCAUCGCCCAACAACAAGCUGACAAUGUACCUGGCGUCACGUGACUUGGUGGUGGAAAACGGGAGUAUCGAUAAAAUACAGGGUGUUCUACACGUGGAGUCGGGCAAUAUGGAAAACAAGAAGCUAUUUGGACAAGUGACGCUGACCUUUAGAUACGGUCGCGAAGACGAAGAAGUAAUGGGGCUUAAGUUCUGUAAUGAAGCAAUAAUGAGUCUCACUCAGAUCUGGCCUGUGCAUUGCAAUCACGACAAGCAACCGAAUUCAGCACUUCAGGAGGCACUUAUAAAGCGUUUAGGAGACUAUGCGUUUCCAUUCCACUUGGAAUUAACCCACCUAGCGCCACCUAGCGUCCAAUUAGUGCCAGCUAAACAAUACAAUGGUGCACCUAUUGGGACUUCUUAUGAUGUUCGGGCUUAUAUAGCGGAUCAAAUCGAUGAGAAAAUUUCACGUCGCAACACAGUCCGUAUGGGAAUACGAGUGCUUCAAGGUCCAGGUCGACACCAGCCACCUGUUUUGCCUCCCCACACCACACACCACGCCCUGAGCGCGCUGGCACAUCACAACGUACUCAGACUUAAAGCAAAAACAAAAUUGCAACCGGACCAAAGCAGUCGACAGAAAGAGGAAAUUGAGAACGUGGAGCCAGCGCCACCUCGCGUCGCAGUCGAAAAGCCUUUUCUACUUUCUGACGGCAGGGUGGAACUGGAAGCCUGGCUCGACAAAGCGACAUAUUUCCACGGCGAAUCAAUCAAUGUCAGCGUACUCAUCACAAACCACUCGUCAAAAACUAUUCGACGGAUAAAGGUCCUAGUGAUACAACAUGUAGAUGUAUGCAUGUUCUCAAAUGGGAAGUUCAAAAAUGUAGUGGCACUCCUACAAGGAUCAGGGACACCAAUUCCACCUGAGCAGAGCCACAAUGAUUCAUAUAUACUAACACCUCACAGAGGUGUCACCAAAAAUUGGAUAGCGCUCGAGGACUCCUAUUCAAAAACUGGUGCAAGUCUAGCUUCAACUGUUCUAUGUAACUCCGAGUCUAAUGAUGAUCGUAACGUAUUCGCUAUUUACGUGUCCUACUAUGUGAAAGUUAAGUUAACACUUAGCGCAAUGGGUGGGGACGUUUCCGUCAAACUACCAUUUACCCUAACCCACUCCUGCAUCAACGAAGCCCCAACUGACAGCGUAACAGAAGAAGCAAGCCAUAAAAUGAUUCUAGAAGGUAAAGAAAAGAAAGCAGAAGUAAAAGACAACCAGAACAGCAACGGAGAAACAAUUAACGAAGCGGAUGAAACGUCGCCAGAGAAUCAUAGAUGUAUUGCGGAUGUGCUGGUAAAUAUUGAGAAUCAAAAGACUAGACCAAAAAUGACUGGACAAAGAGAAACGUCGAUUGUCAAAUGUAAUAAUGAAGAAUUGGAUUUGAUUGAGAAAUAUUCCGGCUCAGAUACGUGA